AUGGAGAUGAUCAGAGCAGGACCAGUUGGAGAAACGAGUUCAUAUACUGACACUCAUUGGGAUGAAAAGGGCAACACUAUGAUCUCUCAUAUAUUUGUUUCUUUCACUUACUCACGGAUAAUAUCAAUUCAGUUUGGCUACAUUGAGAAUGGAGCUCUAGUCAUGUCUGCCAAGUACGGCGGUGACUCCAAUGGACGUAGCUUCCGAGUUGUGAAACUGAAGCACAAUGAGUAUGUGACUGGGUUGAGUGGGUGUAGAGUAAUCAACUCACGGUUGAGUAGGUGUGAAGGAAUCAACUCACUGACAUUUUACACUAACCUGGGAAAACACGGAUCCAUUUGUGAGCCUGCAGUCACCAAGUAUGUAACAAAUAUCAAGACUGAAAUUGAUCUGGCUAUAUGUGACCGUCGUGAGUUUGGUGGUUUCUUUGGGUCGUGCAAUAAAUACAAUCUGACAUCAAUCGGUAUCUAUGUGAAUCCCAUUCCAAGCUCCAACACAGCGGUUAAACGUGAAAACGUUUGA